AUGGUGCUGUCUCUGGAGUCAUCGCCGUUGACGACGCCGAAUUCGGCCCAUUUAAGGUUGAAUUUGCAAGCCAACGACCAGAAAAUAUUUAGCGUCUGCGGAAUCACAAUUUGUAAGAAGUCCGGGCUUCAAAGUCAGCAACGACACAAAAGAGCCGGAAUAACCACAGAACUUUACUACCAUCACAUGAGUCUCGAAAUUGCAUAUAUCUUCAAAUACGCCCAUCCACUGCCUUUACUUCAUGCACAUCGUGCCGCAGCAAAAAGCGAAAAUGUGACAGAAGGCUGCCGGCUUGCGCCCGGUGAUAUUCUAACUUGGUUCAGUAAUCGACAGCCAUGUUGGUAUGCCGACCCGCGUGUAACGCCGUUGGGAAGUCCAGAGCUAUUACAUCUCGGACAAGGAAGCCCAGGGACGUCUAUCCUGAAUGAAGCAACAAGGCUUUUGGAUGAGCAUUCAAUCAGCCCGCUUCUUGUCAUUGAAAGUUACACCCAUCAUAUCCAUCACUGGUUACCGGUCAUCGAUCUCCAUCGAAUGACCAAACGAUUGGAUCCCUCAUGCAUGGCUAAAUCAGAUGCGGAGCUUGCUAGUCUACUUCUAUGCAUUUAUCUAGCCACGCAACGAUCCUCAACGGAUAUACGAGAACAGACCCAUAUGCAGACACUAUACACCCAGUCACAGAAGAUCUUUUCUCUCUUGCAGACCAUAAACCGAUUCUCCAUUGACGCGAUUCAAUGCGGUAUAUUGCUGGCAAUUUACCAAAUCGGCGCUGGUCUACUUCCAGAUGCUUAUGUUACAUUAUCGACAACGAUAGGCUUGGCUCGAACUACCGGUGGAUACAGUAAUCACGAGGCGAGAGUCGUUUGGUGGGCCAUAUUUUUUCUAGAUCGUGUCCUUGCGCUAGCAUCAUUACCGAAUAAUCUUCCUCUACUAAUGGAACAGCCACGAAACUAUGGAGAUCUUCCGGAUAUGCAAUGCUUUCGAGUCUCUUCGGAAAGCGCUGAGAACGGACCAUAUGACUAUUUUUAUGGAGAGAUACAAGCUGCAUACUUGGCCGGACAGACUUUACAAUACAUAAAAUGCCCCAAUUACUUUGAGGAUACUUAUUUCGAAGAUAACAAUACUCAGUUAAUGGCGAAUCUUGGCAGUAUGUUCGAAAAGGCCCCUGGAUCCUGGAGGCCGUUCUGUAGUGCAAUAGCUCUACUACUUACUUCCGCAAUCGAACUCCAAUUUGCGAAAUUGACGAAGAAUCCCCAAGAUGCCAAAGCCACGGAAUCAUGUCUUCAGGGAGUAUCGACCCUUUUAAAGAUCACAACCGACAUCACAAGGAAUUAUCUCGAGGACAAAGACGUGAAAUUCGCCAACGGCAUCGUCCCCAUCGCAAGUGUCGUAUCGAAUCACCAUUCUUUGGUGGCUAUAUGUCGGCAAAGGGAGAUUGAUCGUAUAGCAACAAUGGAGAAAUUGGAUGAGUUGAUCGUCUUUAGGGACGCAUUGCAAAAGAAUAGAGAGCUGUGGGGUCUGGCUGAAGAUUUGACAGGACGAAUUUAA